UAUUUUUGUUUGUUGUUGUUUACAGGAUAUGUUUGUAUGGAAGACCUCAUCAGAUAUAUUACACUCAAUGCCAAAGACUGGAGGUAGCAUUGGACCCAUUGAUACUGGAACCAUUAAAAGAGCAUUCACUGAUAGUAUUAAAGGAAUGAGAAGGAAAGUGAAGAGAACUAUAUCAAAUCGUUCCAAUAGAAGACCAUUCACACCAUUGAGUAAAAAUGUUGAUCAGUUAGACACAAUGGAUGAAUCAUUUACUGAUCUUGAUUCUACUCUCAAUACUUGUACACUAUCAGUAGCUCCUCCUUUUCCUCCUACUCCAAUGAGAGCUCCUCCCACUAAAAGACAAGCAUUAGGAUAUGGACAUUCAUUUAGUUCAAUGGAUCUCACUAAAUUAGGAUCCACUGGUACACUCUGAUACUGAACAUGCAUGUUAACUAUUAUUAUUAUUAUUAUAUUUUUAAUUCUCUCUCUCUUUCUAAUGAGAUGUGACGUUAUUAUUGUAAUCUUGUCUUUCUUUCUCUGUUUAAUAAUUAUUAACUUAAAGCUGCAUAUUUUGUAUAAUGACAGCGAGACUACAUAA